AUGGCGAGGGCUUUCCCUAUGGGAGUGGUGGCCGCCGCGGUGGUGCUGGUUGUGCUGUUUACCACCGUGUCCUCUGCCGCCGCGCAGCCUCGACCUCCUCUGCCAAAGAACUCCCGCAUGAUCACCCCGGGGCGGUUUGGGAAGAGGGCUCAGGUGCUCUCCUGCGAUGACACCAAGGACGGGAACAGCCCAUGCGUCGCCACCUGCGACAAGCGCUGCCCCAAUGAGUGUGUUGUCAUGUGCCCAGGCUGCAAGACAUACUGCUUGUGUGACUUUUACCCCGGGGUGUCCUGUGGCGACCCGCGUUUCACCGGCGCUGAUGGCAACAACUUCUACUUCCAUGGCAAGAAGGACCAGGACUUCUGUGUCAUCUCCGAUGUUGACCUCCACAUCAACGCUCACUUCAUCGGCAAGCGCAACCCCUCUAUGAGCCGCGACUUCACCUGGAUCCAAGCUUUGGGCAUCCGCUUCGCUGAUCACCGCCUGUACAUGGGCGCCCAGAACACCACCAAGUGGAACAACGACGUCGACCGCCUCGAGUUGGCCUUCGACGGAGAAUCGAUCAGCAUCGCUGCAGACAUCGGGGCAAAGUGGCAAUCCACUGUUGUGCCUGGCCUGACCGUCACGAGGACCACCGUGACCAAUGGCGUGAGGGUCCAGCUUAAGGGUGUGUUUGACAUCAUUGCUAAGGUGGUGCCCAUCACGGAGGAGGACUCCCGCGUUCACAACUAUGGUGUGACAAAGGAUGACAGCCUCGCGCAUCUGGACAUCGGGUUCAAGUUCUAUGACCUCACCGACGACGUUCACGGUGUCCUUGGCCAGACCUACCGCUCUGACUAUGUCAACAAGCUCAGCGUGAGCGCUAGCAUGCCUGUGAUGGGUGGUGUGGCCAGCUACAUCUCCUCCGACAUCUUCUCCACUGACUGCAAGGUCGCCAGGUUCGGACUUAGCGCUGGCAUCUCCAUGGUCACCAGCACGGCGAACUAA